CAACCAAUUAACACGUAUACUUUAGCUACACGAGUAAAUAAUAUUACCUAUAUUUUGGCGUUUAGUGUUCUAAGGAUAUUUUUUUCAAAAUAUAUUACGUAUUACAUUCCCAACUGCUCUCACUGUAUGUAUUUUAAAUUGGUUCACUAGUCAAAGGCCCACCCACUAAUAAACAAACACAAUUUUAUUUCUUCUAACGUUGUUAAAGAAAUUUCAUUCACGUAUCUCAGCCUUAAAGAUAAACAGAACCAGAUUUCGUUAGAAUAUUCUAGAUUCAGAGCUUAAAGGAAACAAACAAACGAACAAAGUUAAAGAAACAAAACCAAAAGAUACAUAAAAAGACAAUUUUGAACGUGAAUUCCGAAGAUAAAUAUUGCUUAAGGUAUUCCCGAAAUACGGUGGAUGACGACAUCUUCACAAGAGCGUCUCGAGACAAUUUCGUUUGUUUAUCGUCGAGCUAAGGUGUUAUAAAUAAAAGUAUCUAGUAGACUGCAGACUGAACUGUCGGCCGACAGUAAAGUUUGAUGGUAAUCGUGAAUGCCAGGAAACUUUUUAGUCAGCUGAUAGCUGAUUGUUGUAAUGUGCACUACAUGAAUACAUCUUUCUACUGAUUUAAGGUACGGUCAAAUAUAGGCCUACUAAAAGUUUAGGCCCAAAAAACUUAAAUCGGCUUUUCAUGACGGAUAAUAUAUUACUGUUAGAAUGUCACACGAUAAAAACUCGAAACAGUUCUACUAUUAAAGGCUGCUUCUACCGUACACAAACCGACUAACUGACACUAGGAUAAAAAAGCCAAUAAGCUUACUUUUAUAUGAGUGAGAAGAUCCGUCGGGACGUGGGUUUAACGGAGAAAACUCCACGGAGAACAGCUAUUUCUAAGGAAUUUUGGUUUAUAAGCUCUUCGAUCACGCCAAAACAGUCUUCACCUGACUUAAGUGAGUUCUCCUUCUUUGCAGUUUUCCACAUCACAUCAUGAGUUGUUCCCGAAGCAUUGCGCUGUUGGCGGCGUUGUGGCUGGUGGUGGGAGCCACCUCCUCCCCCGUCAGGAGAUCACCAGAUCUUGAGGCGAGACGUAGAAGUGCUAUCGACAGGAGUAUGAUUAGGUUCGGCCGUUCAUACCCCCAAGAGCCUUCAGCAGCAGACCUUAGAGAAGCCUUCCAGCGCCCCACACGUAGAGGGAACAGUUUCCUCCGCUUCGGCCGCUCGCAACCCCUCACCCUCUCCACCGACGACCUAGUCUCCCUCCUCAGAGCAUACGAAGAGGACUACGACACCCCCAUGACGAAAAAAUCCGCCAGCUUCGUCCGUUUUGGACGGGACCCUAACUUCAUCAGGCUAGGCCGUUCCGCUGAAGACGAAAAGAGUGCUUUUGAGCAGAAUUCUGAGCUGGUGGUCAGUGGAUAUCCUCAGAGGAAGAGCCGAGCGAGGGAUCACUUCAUCAGGCUUGGAAGGGACAGUGAGGAGAUGAACGAGAAUGAGUUGGAAGAGAGUGAGGAUAGCAGACGGAAGAGGUCCGUUGAGGCAUGCCAUGACUGCCAGUCGUAAUCUCUUUGUUACUUUUCUAUUACUGGGCUAACCGCUGAUUGAGAAUUUUUAUUGUGAACUAAAUACUGUGAAUUGUUACUAAUAUUUUUCAAUUUCAAUAAUGAUAGUGUUUUGUUUCCUUUUGAAUGUGGAAGCCUGUAUUUUAAUCUGUCAAUUUUAAAACUAUAUUAUGUGGUGUGUACUACUAGUGAGGAGUAUACUAGUCUCAUCCUGCGGUUUUUAUUGUAUUUUCUCUACAAUUUUUGACAGGCUAAAGUUUUCUAAAAAGGCUUAACUAUGUGGUGCAAUUGAUGUUAAAAAAAUAUAAAAAAUCAAAUAAGUAUUACUACUAUAGGUUUAAUAUUUUAGAAAAGUACAGUUAAAACAUUUUAACGGUUAUAUUUUACAAAUUAAUGUAUUUAUCUUGAAACAUAAUACGCUUACUCAUAUUUUGAUCUCAAAUAUUUAUAAGCACUUAUUUUAUAAAUAAUUUAUUAUAACAUAUAAAACCUUAUUAAAAAUAACUGUAUUUACGUAAUUUAUAUAUUUCAAAAUAUAAUUUAUUUGUAAUAAAAAAUGCCAUUCCUAUAUAGUAUUUUUUCUUUCAUUAUUUCUUAAAUGUAAAUUUAAUGAAACUGUACAUUUAUAAAGUGUUAGCAUCUGAAAUAUAGGCUGGGUUAUUUCAAUUUCGGAUGCCCACACUAAUUGAAAAAAAUAAUUAAUAGCUAUAAUAAAACUACUUAAAAACU